AUGCCGCGCCUCGGGCUCCCCUCCACGCUGCUGGUACUGCUGCUGCUGGCGACCAGUGGGUACCCUAAACCCCCGGGGGACCCCUCUGCUGCUCCCGUGGCUCUGCCAACCGGCCCUUCCAAGCAGGAGCUGACCCGCUGUCUGGCAGAGGUGGUCACCGACAUCCUGACGCUGGGCCAGGCCCCGAGAAGCCCCUGCACGUCUCUGCUCCGAGAGAGCUCCGUCUUCCUGAAUGAGAAGUGCCACGUGGAGCCCUCCACCUGCCAGUUUUCCCCGUGGAGCCUGCUGCCUGGGUACUUCCGCCAGGCAGAGCCGAGGGCUGAGCAGCAGGGGAGGGACCAGGAGGAGGCCUCGGACAGGCCCCAGCCCUCAGAGGACCUGGAGCAGCUCCACCACAGGAUCUCUCCGGAGGCUGAAGCCGCGGACAGGCCCCAGCGCUCGGAGAACCUGGAGCAGCUCCACCACAGGAUCUCUCCGGAGGCUGAAGCCGCGGACAGGCCCCAGCACUCGGAGAACCUGGAGCGGCUCUACCAUAGGAUCUCUCCGGAGGCUGUGGUCAGGCCCCAGCGCUCAGAGAGCCUGGAGCAGCUCCACCGCCAGCUCCUCCGGGAGGAGGAGGAGCUGCAGAAGCAAGAGCUUGUGGAGGGCCUGCAGCACCUGUGGAAGCUGCAUUCCGAGGAUGGAGGGGACCCCCAGAAGCGGGAGGCCGAGGCGGAGGAGAAGGGCGUGCAUGUGGCUGGUGGAGGCCACAGCCUGUGGCAGGGGCCCGAGAGAGCUGGCGACCCCUACCCGCACCAUCACCAUCAGCAACAGCACCUGCCACUUGGGACUGAGGCUGCUGAGAGGGAGGAGCAGGAUACGGAGCGGCUGGUCCACGUGUCAGAGGAGCUGAGGAAGGCGUCUGAGGCGCUGGGGCGGGAGCUCAGGAGGGACGGCUGA